UUAGAAGCGCUAAUUUUAUUUGUAAUUUGUAUGCAUGUAAAUAAUAUGUUUCAAUUGAAUUUGUUCUGGCUGACCUGAUCUGGCAACCUUAACAGUUGAAGCUUAAAGCUUUAACGUGUGCUCGCUAACUCUCCAGCGCAGUAUAUCAAAAAUAUACUUUAUGGUAUUUUUUCUUCUGCAACUAUGUGGAAUUGGAUCAUUUUUGAGUGCGGUCGGCCACACUGAUAUUGUCGUUGUCAGCGGCCAAAAUAUUUGAAUACAAUUGAGAGUGCGAAUUGUGGCGAAGUGACAGAAAAAUGAAAUAUUUGACCAAGCGACAGCGUAAAAGAAAGAAGGUGCAAUUAUUUAAUCGUAUUGGGCAAAUCUAUUAUCAUACCGACACGGACAGCGAAACUGGCGUCGACGUUGACGUUGACGUUGAGAGUGAAGCUGAAGCUGAAGCUGAAGAAGUUGACGAACUGGAGCUAACAUCAACAAAUAAAAAGAUACCGAUAGCAGCCAAGAAGUCCAUGUCAACACAGCUGCCAAUCAAGGCCAUUGCGAAGGGUGGCUGCAAGUCCAAGCCGCAGCAGCAACAGCAGCAACAGCAGCAGCAGCAGCAAGACGGGACGGGAACAGCAUGUGAUAAUCGCCGCAUGCAUUUUGGAUCCUGCUCAGUGCCGGCAAUUGAUCGUGAUCUCGAGUGCUAUUAUCAUCGCAAUGUGCCGCUGACUCUGGGCAACUUCAUGGAUCUGGACCGUCUCAGCGAGCGACAGGGACAGCGUCUGAAAUCGACGAGCACUCCACAAAUCUCACCGACCGUUUCGUAUGCCAGCGCCUGCAGCAUUGACCCAGCAGUCGAUAUGGAGACGCCACCUCCCCCAACUCCACCACCUCCGCCACCUCCCCCGCCGCCGCCACCUCCACCACCUCCGCCGGAAUCAGCCAUGUCAGCUAGCAGUUCGAACAGCAGCAGCAGCAGCGCACGGGAGCACACAGAUGAGCACGCAUCCCCCGAGCCCAUGCCAAAUGUUAGGCAUUUGGAGUCAGCCGGCGAGGAGCAGAUGGAUCUAUCAGUUAACGAGCUGCUGACACGUUUUGCCAUCAAUACACCUUACCAGGAGCUGGCCAGCCUCACGCUGACCAUGCUCCAGAAUACCGCGUUCGGGCCGUUGAUAACGGGCAGCCCCAGCACCGGCGGCAAUAUACCAUCCUAUGAAUUCUGGCCGAAUCCCUAUCAGAUAAGUUACCUCAACAAUGACGAGCCGGUCGCCGUUGGCAGUCUGCCCAAUCUCGCUGUUGCCAUGCCGGACAGCUGCUUGAAGCCCAUUGGCUAUGAGGCCCGGUCCAAGAAUGAUCGCGAGCAGUCGGAGCAACAGUCGCAACAGUCGCAACAGUCGCAGCAGCUCGACAAUGGCCAUUGCUUGCGUCCAUCCGCUGUGGACAUGUGGCUGCCCUGGCAGCAUCAGCGCCAGCAAUGCGAUGCAUACGAUCCCGGCGGGGCUGGUGCGGGGGCUGGUGUUGGCGUCGCAGCCGCCCACAUCGAUACGAAUCCGAACAGCAUUGUGGAGAGCAUCAAAUGCAUUUGGAAGCGCAACAACCAUUGGGAGAACAUCAACAGCAAUGACCACUGGUCCAACUGGGGCAACAAUCAAAACGGCAGCAUCUGGAGCGUCAUGGAGCCGCAGCUGCAGCUCCACCACCAGCAGCAGCACCACCAGCAGCAGCAGCAGCAGCAGCAGCAGCAGCAAUUGCCUGAAACUAGCUGGGAUCAGCGCAGUCGAGCUGUGAUGGCCGCGUCGCGUCUGUGCGGCUUCUAUGUGCCCGUGUCGGUGCCAUCAUCGGAGUAUGCCCCGCAAAUGGCAGCAGCAGCAGCGGCGGCAGCGGCAGCGUCGGCGGCGGGGGCGGGGGCGGGUGCGGGUGCGAUGGCAACUGGAACAACAGCAGCCGCAAGCAGCAAUGGCAAUAUUUACAUGCGCAACAGCAAUAAUCCGCGCUACAUCAACAGAAGCUAUGUUAAUUAUAAUGCACGGGGCAGUACGCGCACAAUGCAGUAUCAGGUGGUGCAGCAGCAACAUGCACAGCAGCAACAGUUGCCGCCGCAGCAGACGCACGUGCGCUACAGCUACAUAAAUCAAAAUCAAGCACAGCAGAAGCCGCAGCAGCAGCAGCAGCAGCCCUGGCAGUGGCAGCAGUACAGGCCGCCCAAGCCACGCCCACAUUUCUAUCCCGGUCGCUUCUACAAGGCCAACAGUUACACCAACAGCAACAACAACAGCAACAGCAACAACAACAGCAACAAUGCGGCGCGCAAAUAUUGCAAGCAUUGCUGCUGCAACGGGCGCUAUCACAGCGGCAACAUACACCCGCACGCCAGCAAUAGCCCCAACAGCAGCAGCAACAUGGGCAACCUGGAGCUGGUCACGGUGAACAUGUCACAGGAGGAUCUGGACGCAGCCCAAAUGUAUGCUAUACACGGCGAACGUUUCUUUGAGAUGCCCAUGGGCAGACGUUAUAGGCGCAGUCUCUAUCCGCCGGCGGGUCUUACGGCGCCACCUCCGCUGCCGCCGCCGCCGCCACCGCCACCGCCGCCGUCGCCGUCGGACACGUUUCAAGCGAAUGGACACAUUGACAACUGGCAGACAGUCGCCAUGCCGCAGUAUCAAGAGCCGGAAUUAGCUGCAGCACAAACAAUGAAGCUGACGCCGCCCCCACCACCACCGCCGCCGCCGCCUCCGCUGCCGCUGCCGUCGCUGCCGCUGCCGUCGCUGCCGUUGUCAUCGGCGUCAUCAUCUUCGUCACAGUCGGGUCAGGUGACGGCGCCAGUGUGUGACGAUUCGAAGCUAUAUACGGCAAAUUUUCCGCCGCUGCCGGCGCCGAAUCAGAAACGGGUCGGUCAAAACCAGAAGGAUUAGAUUGCCGCAUGAGUUGAACGAGUCAAUGCGAGACCCCAACAGUUUUUAUGUGAAGUGAAGUGUCCGCUUUCAACAUUUUAUCGUUCGAUCUUUAAGUUAUAUAUUGUAAAGCUUUCUAGGAUAAUUGUUAAUUGUUACUCAUUUAGUGAUAGAAACGUAUAUAUUUAGUUUUUUUUUUUUUUUUUUGCAUCUAUGUUGCAUUUAUUGUUCAAGCCAUUCAAAUCUUAAUAAUUAAUUCUAAGCCCUAAACAAAUAAUCUUGGACAGUUUCGUGUUGUGACGGCAUAAUUUUAAGCUCAAGUAGAACUAUAUUUAAAACAAACUAUUAAAUAUAUAAAUGUUAUAAAAUAAAUUAACGCAAAUUCAAUAUUUUAA